UAUCAAAAUAAAAUAAAACGCAUUGUGUAAAGGUUAUAUUUAUUUCCUAAAACUGCAAAUUAAAACAAUGGCAGCGGAUCCACUAGACGAAUUACUGCAAUUCCUGAAGCCUGAAUCCCGGAUAGACUUAAAACACAUAGCUGUGGACCAUUUGGUAGGACUUUCAGGGACUGAAGAUGGUAUCAACACAUUAUUGUCACACGAAAAGAUAAUGCAAAGUAUACUCGCUUUAACCGACGAUAAAGUUGAAGAAGUUGCUAAAAACGCUUUAUUAAUACUAGUAAACAUCACAGCGACCUCAAAAGGAGUGAUAGAACUACUCAAAUAUAAGUCUGAAGGGGACAAACACAUAGUAAAAUUAUUUAUAGGUUAUGUACUAAAUCCUGAUAAAAAAGAUGCUGAUGCGGCUGCUAUGAUAUUAUCGAACAUUACUCGAGUAGAAACAGAGCUAGACUCUCUUUUAGACGUAUUUCUACCUCAUUUAAACGACAUUUUAAACGUCUACGUGAACACAAACUUCAACAAAAGAGGAUCUAAUCUAAACUUCAUAGGACCUAUGAUUUCGAAUCUUUCUUGCUGUCACAGAAUAAGAAAAUGGCUGACAGAAGAGAACCCUCACAUUCCAUUAAUAAAACUGUUACCGUUCUGUAGUUAUGAGCUUUCAAAUAUUCGGCGAGGCGGGGCAAUGGGUACGCUUAGAAACUUAUCUUUUGACCCGGAAUUCCACGAUUUCCUUCUAAGCAAUGACUUAGAAGUUCUCACAUACCUUUUAAACCCUAUAAUGGGUGGAGAAGAAUACAUAGACGAAGAAAUGGACGUAUUACCGAUAUCAUUACAAUACCUUCCGAAAGAAAAACAGCGGGAUGCAGAUAUUGACAUACGUAAAAUGAUUUUGGAGACGCUAAACAAAUUAUGCAUGAGACGCAAAGGUAGAGAGAUUUUAAGAGACAAUGGAGUAUAUUACGUGUUAAGGGAGUACCAUAAAUGGGAGAAAGAUCCCAAAGUCCGUCUUGCUUGUGAAAACGUUGUAGAUAUUCUUAUACAGAAAGAAGAUGAGGUUGGAGCUGAAGAUUUGUCUACUGUGGAGGUACCGGAUGACAUGAAGGAUAAGUUUGAGAAGAUGGAUAAGGAUUAUAUUGAGGAUGAAUGAAUAAAUAUUUAUUUUAUAAAUUA